UGGGCAGACCCACACACUCACCACAGGAAGAGAGCAGCAGAGGGAAUAUCGCUGUGUUGUUGGGACUUGUUCCGUGCUGCUUUUCUGGAGGAAAGUUCUCGCCUCUCCGGAUUGUUUUGCUGCUCUGAGAUCUGGGAUGGGGGGCAGUCGGGUGGAAUACCUGUCUAACUAGCCGGCCGCGGGGGGUGGUCUCUGCUUUCUCUGGGCAGUCGGCGGAAACGACUCUUCCCUGGGGAGUAUCGUCACGAUGCUGCCUCUAAUCGGCACCUGUGGAGACUAGCGUUCAGCUCCAUCCUUUCAGGGGGGGGCAGGUGUUUUCUUUUGUGGAAUGAAAGUGACUGGAGCUGCGUAGACUUUCUGGUGGGGACCCUAACUUUUUAUUUUUGGAGAGGGGGGAGAGAGUUGGAGAGGGAGGCACCAUGCUGAGCCUGCAGGACUCGGUCUUCUUUGAGAUCAGCAUCAAAUCUCUGCUCAAGUCGUGGAGCAGCAGCUCUUCUGCACCCGUCAGCAGCGUGAGUAGACGCCGCGGACCCUCCUCGGCGACCCCCCCCUCGUGGGAAAAUCACAGCGCUGCCGCCAUGUCGAGCAUCACCAUCGACCCGGAGCUGAAGCCCGGGGAGUUCGUCAUCAAGAGUCUGUUCGCCGAGUUCGCCGUCCUCGCCGAGAAGAAGAUCGAGAUGGUGAUGGCCGAGCCGCUGGAGAAACCUCUGUCCCGAUCCCUUCAGAGAGGAGAAGAUUCACAAUUUGACCAGUUAAUAAGCUCUAUGAGCUCCAUAGCAGAACACUGUUUGCCCUCCCUGCUGCGCACGCUGUUCGACUGGUACCGGCGGCAGAGCGGCACCGAAGACGAGUCGUAUGAGUACCGGCCUCGCUCCAGCACCAAGUCCAAAGGGGACGAGCAGCACCGGGAUAAAGAUUACCUCCUGGAGCGGAGGGACCUGUCCAUAGAUUUCAUUUUUUGUUUGGUAUCGGUGGAGGUUCUGAAGCAGAUUCCUCUUCAUCCAGUGCCAGAUGUUCUAGUACACGAAGUCCUCAACCUGGCAUUCAAGCACUUUAAACACAAAGAGGGGUACUGCGGCCCAAACACUGGCAACGUGCACAUCAUCGCAGACCUGUACGCCGAGGUCAUCGGGGUCCUCACACACUCAAAGUUUCAGGCGGUGAGGAAGAAGUUCAUCACGGAGCUGAAGGAGCUGCGGCUGAAGGAGCAGAGUCCCUACGUGGUCCAGAGCGUCAUCAGCCUCAUCAUGGGCAUGAAGUUCUUCCGGGUCAAAAUGUACCCGGUGGAGGACUUUGAGGCCUCUUUCCAGUUCAUGCAGGAGUGCGCCCAGUACUUCCUGGAAGUCAAGGACAAGGACAUAAAGCACGCUCUGGCCGGCCUCUUUGUGGAGAUCCUCAUCCCCGUCGCCGCCGCGGUGAAGAACGAAGUCAACGUGCCAUGCCUGAAGAACUUUGUGGAGAUGUUGUACCAGACGACGUUCGAACUGAGCUCCAGAAAGAAGCACUCCUUGGCUCUGUACCCUCUGGUGACCUGCCUGCUGUGUGUCAGUCAGAAGCAGUUCUUCCUCAACAACUGGCACAUCUUCCUCCAGAACUGCCUCUCGCACCUGAAGAUGCCGUCUAACAACAGCAUCCGCAAGCAGAUUGAGACGCUGCAGAACAAAGACCCCAAGAUGUCUCGCGUGGCUCUGGAGUCUCUGUACAGGCUGCUGUGGGUCUACAUCAUCCGGAUCAAGUGUGAGAGCAACACUGUCACACAGAGUCGACUACUUGCCAUCGUUUCAGCACUUUUCCCCAAAGGCUCGCGGAGCGUGGUGCCCAGGGACACGCCACUCAACAUCUUCGUCAAGAUCAUCCAGUUCAUAGCUCAGGAAAGACUGGACUUUGCAAUGAAGGAGAUCAUCUACGACCUCCUGUGUGUGGGCAAGUCUCACAAGACCUUCGCCAUCAAUCCGGAGAGGAUGAACAUCGGCCUGCGAGCCUUCCUGGUGAUCGCUGACAGCCUCCAGCAGAAGGACGGAGAGCCUCCGAUGCCCACGACCGGGAUCAUCAUGCCCUCCGGCAACACCCUGCGCGUCAAGAAGAUCUUCCUCAACACCACGCUCACCGACGAAGAGGCCAAGGGCAUCGGCAUGCAGCUGUACUACCCUCAAGUGAGAAAGGCCUUAGAUAACAUCCUGCGCCACCUGGACAAGGAGGUGGGACGCUCCAUGAGCAUGACCAACGUGCAGAUGUCCAACAAGGAGCCCGAGGACAUGAUAACGGGGGAGAGGAAGCCCAAGAUUGAUCUGUUCCGCACGUGUGUGGCUGCCAUCCCGAGGCUGAUCCCGGACGGCAUGAGCAGACAAGACCUGAUCGAGCUUCUGGCCAAGCUCACCAUCCACAUGGACGAGGAGCUGCGCGGCCUCGCCUUCACGACGCUCCAGGCCCUGAUGGUGGAUUUCCCGGAGUGGCGUGAGGACGUCCUGUCGGGCUUUGCGUACUUCAUCGUGCGGGAGGUGACGGACGUCCACCCCACGUUGUUGGACAACGCCGUCAAGAUGCUGCUGCAGCUGCUCAGCCAAUGGAGGCAGGCGGUGCAGAGCAGCAACAAGGGCCACGAGGCCAAGGGCUCCAGCAGCGGCCGCUCUCUGUCCCUGGAGCGCACCCCUCUGCUGGGGGUGCUGCACGUGGUGGAGGGUCUGGCUCUGGUGGUGCUCUGCAGCUGCCGCCCCGCCACACGCCGGCUGGCCGUCAACGUCCUCAAGGAGGUCCGUGCGCUGCACACAGCACUGGGUAUCUGCAAGGGGGAUGAGGAAUUGGCCAUCGACGUAAUGGACCGAUUGAGUGCGUCGGUGCUGGAAAGUUUUAUUCAUCUCACGGGAGCGGACCAGACCAACCUGCUGUAUUGUCCCAGCGGCAUCGAUCUGCAGACGCUGGCGGAGUGGAGCUCGUCUCCCAUCAGCCACCAGUUCGACGUGGUGAGCCCCUCGCACAUCUGGGUGUUUGCCCACGUCACCCAGGGCCAGGACCCCUGGGUCAUCAGCUUCUCCAGCUACCUGCGGCUGGAGAACCUGCCCAAACAUUGCCCCACCGCCCUCAACUACGCCUGGAUGUUCGCCUACACGCGCCUGCAACUUCUGUCUCCGCAAGUCGACAUCAACAGCCCCAUCAACGCCAAGAAACUCAACAGUCUGAACAGCAACGACUCCUACGUGGGCCUCUGGAGGAACUACCUGAUUCUGUGCUGCAGCUCCGCCUCCUCCUCGCCCUCCAUGUCCUCGUCGUCCUCCACCUCCGGCUCCGUCCGCUGCUCCCCGCCUGAGACGCUGGCGUCCACGCCGGACAGCGGCUACUGUUACGACUCAAAGAUUGUUGGUACUCCGUCCCCCUCCUCCCUCUUCAAACACAUCGUUCCCAUGAUGCGCUCUGAGAGCAUGGACAUCACGGAGUCUCUGGUGUUGGGGCUUGGCAGGACCAACCCUGUGGCCUUCAGAGAGCUGAUAGAGGAGCUCAACCCCAUUAUAAAAGAAGCUCUAGAGCGAAGACCUGAGAACAUGAAGCGGCGCAGGCGCCGGGACAUCCUCAGGGUCCAGCUGGUCCGGAUAUUUGAGCUGCUGGCCGACGCUGGCGUCAUCAGUCAGAUAACCAGCGGAGGGCUGGACGGGGAGAGCCACUCUCUGAACAGCACGCUGCUGGAGUACGUCGAUCUGACCAGGCAGCUGCUGGAGGCCGAGAACGACAAGGACUCGGACACGCUGAAGGACAUCCGUUGCCACUUCAGCGCGCUGGUGGCAAACAUCAUUCAGAAUGUCCCAGUGAACCAGAGGAGGACCAUCUUCCCCCAGCAGUCGCUGAGACACAGCCUCUUCAUGCUGUUCAGUCACUGGGCCGGCCCCUUCAGCAUCAUGUUCACCCCCCUGGACCGCUACAGCGACCGCAACAUGCAGAUCAACCGCCACCAGUACUGUGCUCUGAAGGCCAUGUCGGCGGUGUUGUGCUGCGGCCCCGUGGCCGACAACGUGGGCCUCUCCUCCGACGGGUACCUCUACAAGUGGCUGGACAACAUCCUGGACUCCCAGGACAAGAAGGUCCACCAGCUGGGCUGCGAGGCUGUGAUGCUGCUUCUGGAGCUCAACCCGGACCAGAGCAACCUCAUGUUCUGGGCCGUCGACCGCUGCUACACGGGCUCUCGCCGCGUGGCGGCUGGCUGCUUCAGGGCCAUCGCCAACGUCUUCCACAACAGGGAUUACCAGUUCGACACUGUGGUGCUGCUGAACCUGAUUCUGUUUAAGGCGGCGGAUUCUUCCAGAGAAAUCUACGAGGUGGCCAUGCAGCUGCUACAGAUCCUGGAGCCCAAGCUGUUCCGUUACGCCCACAAGUUGGAGAUCCAGCGGACGGACGGCAUCUUGACUCCACCCUCGGCGCUGCCUCACCUCUACUCCGUGUCUUACUACCAGCUGUCCGAGGAGCUGGCCAGGACUUACCCGGAGCUCACCCUGCCCGUCUUCUCAGAGGUGAGCCAGCGGAUCCAGACGGCGCACCCCGGCGGGCGGCAGGUCAUGCUGCACUACCUCCUGCCGUGGAUGAACAAUGUGGAGCUGGUCGAUUUGAAACCAGACACACGGCGACCGGAUGACGGCGGCGAGGAGGACGAGGAGGAGGAGGAAGAGGCGGCGGUGCGCGAGCGGGAGGCCGCGAUGGUCAACAGCCGGCGCUGGCUCCGUGGGGAAGGGUGGGGCUCCCCUCGCGCCACAACCAUGGUGCUCAACAACCUCAUGUUCAUGACUGCCAAGUACGGAGACGAGUUCGCCUGGUCGGAGAUGGAGAACGUUUGGACCACGUUAGCAGACAGCUGGCCCAAGAACCUCAAAAUCAUCCUGCACUUCCUCAUCGGCAUGUCGGGGGUCAGCAGCGACCCCAGCCUCCUGCCCUACGUGAAACGGGUGGUGGUCUACCUGGGCAGAGAUAAGACCAUGCAGCUGCUGGAGGAGCUGAUGUGCGAGCUCGAGUUGACGGAGCCCGUCUGCUCGGCCGUCACUCACAUGGACAACCCCCCCUACUACCGCAUCAGCUCCAGCCACAAGAUCCCCUCCGUCACCUCAGGAACAACCUCCAGCACCAACACCAUGGUGGCAGGAAACGAUGGUCACCACGACGGCAAGAUCAAGGACUCCAACAUGGAGGACAGCUACACCCACCUGGACAUCUACAGCGGCCUGAACAGCAACCUCAACCGCCAGCACCACCGCCUCGAGUCCCGGUACAGCAGCAGCUCCGGAGGCUCCUACGAGGAGGAGAAGAGUGACUCCAUGCCUCUUUACGCCAACUGGCGUCUGAAAGUGAUGGAUCACAACCGGCCGGAGCCGCUGCCCUUCCCCCCCACGGGGGGCUGCUGGUCCCCCCUCGUGGACUACCUGCCGGAGACCAACUCCCCCGGUGUGCCGCUCCACCGAUGCAACAUCGCGGUCAUCCUCCUCACCGACCUGAUCGUGGACCACGGGGUCAAAGUGGAGUGGAGUGCCUACCUGCACCUCCUGCUACACGCCAUCUUCAUCGGGUUCGACCACCAGCACCCGGAGGUGUACGAGCACUGCAAGCGUCUGCUGCUCCACCUGCUGGUGGUGCAGGGAGCCAACAGCAGCGUUCAGUCCGUUGCCAUGGUGCUGCUACGCAACCGCGACUACAACGAGCCGAGGGUCCUGACCGUGAAGCCGGUAGCUCCGGAGAUCAACCUCACAGGAGUGCAGCAGCUGCUGUCGCAAUGUCAGCCCUCCCCGAUGACCGACUCCGGCCUCAGCUCCUGCUCCACCUCCUCCAGCAUGAGUCUGGGUGCGGGCGGAGCCGCCCUCCCCCACCUCUCGCCCACGCUCCUCAGCGAGGUGGAUGCCCCGCCUGAGCAGGACGAGAAGAUCAAAUGUCUCAUCGAGUUCAUCACCUCGAGGAAGCGCGGCCCCCUCUGGAACCACGAGGACGUGUCGCCCAAGAACCCCAACAUCAAGAGCGCCGAGCAGCUGAGCGUGUUCGUCCGCCACGUGGUGACCGUCUUCCAACACCCGCCCUCAGGUUUCCAGCUGGAGUCACUGCUGAGCGAAGCGGCCCUCCAGACGGCGCUGUCCUGCUCCUCUCGCCACUACGCCGGCCGCUCCUUCCAGAUCUUCCGGGCACUGAAGCAGCCGCUGAGCCUCGCCACGCUGUCGGACGUCCUGUCUCGGCUGGUGGAGACCGUGGGGGACCCGGGGGAGGAGGCGCAGGGUUUCGUGAUUGAACUCCUUUUGACUCUGGAGUCGGGCAUCGACACGCUGGCCGACUCGGUGAAGAGCUACGACCUGCUGACCGCCCUGGCACAGACCUCCGCCCGCGAUCACCUGCUGGGGCCGAAGUUCGCGACCAACAGGAAGAGCACCGGCCAGCUGAACGUGAGCGGCGGCGGCCUCUUCCACUCCGCUCACACCCGCAGCAACUCCCUGCGCGCCAGCCUGGUGGGCGAGCGCAAGGCCGACCGGCGCCGCAGCAACACGCUGGACGUGGCCGACCGGCUGAGCGGUAGCCACGGCAACCUGGCGCGCACGCGGAGCUUAUCGUCGCUCGGCGGCGGGGGUCCAGGAGGGGAAGCCAUCCCCCCCGUGGACCCGUCCAACCUGAUGGCCACCGUGUUCUGGAUCGCCACCUCGCUGCUGGAGUCGGACUACGAGUUUGAGUACCUACUGGCGCUGCGGCUGCUCAACAAGCUGCUGGGUCAGCUGCCGCUGGAGCGCGCCGACAGCAGGGAGCGGCUGGAGAACGUCCAGGCCAAGCUGAAGUGGUACAGCUUCCCCGGGCUGCUGCAGCUCUUCCUGAAGGGCUUCACCUCCGCCUCCACCCAGGAGCUCACCAUCCACCUGCUGAGCAAGCUCAUCAGCGUCUCCAGGCAGACGCUGGUGGACCCGUCGCAAGUGGCAGGGUUCCCCCUGAACAUCCUGUGCCUCCUGCCGCAUCUCAUCCAGCACUUCGACAGCCCGACGGCGUUCUGCAAGGAGACGGCUGACAAGAUCGCCAAGCUGUGCGCCGAGGAGAAGUCGGCCACGCUGUCCAACCUGGCGCACAUGAUGAGCCUGUACAGCACGCACAGCUACUCCCGCGACUGCACCAACUGGAUCAACGUGGUGUGCCGCUACCUCCACGACGCCUUCGCCGAGAUCACCCUGAACCUGGUCACGUACCUGGCCGAGCUGCUGGAGAAGGGCCUUCCCAGCAUGCAGCAGUCCUUGCUGCAGAUCAUCUACAGCCUGCUGAGUCACGUCGACCUGUCGGCGGCCCCCGUCAAGCAGUUCAACCUGGAGAUCAUGAAGAUCAUCGGCAAAUAUGUCCAGAGCCCCCACUGGAAGGAGGCCCAGAACAUUCUGAAGUUGGUGGUGUCCCGCUCAGCCAGCCUCGUCGUCCCCGACGACGUGCAGCGCUCCUACAGCACCGAGUCCUGCGGCUCCCCGGAAAUCGCCUUCACGCGCAUCUUCAACAACUCCUCCAAGGAGCUGCCCGGCAAAACGCUGGACUUCCACUUCGACAUCUCGGAGACGCCGAUCAUAGGGCACAAGUACGGUGACCAGCGCACCGCAGCCGGGCGGAACGGAAAGCCGCAGGUCAUAGCCGUCACCAGGAGCACCUCCUCCACCUCCUCCGGCUCCAACUCCAACGGUCUGGUGCCAGUGAGCUGGAAGAGGCCGCAGCUCUCCCAGAGGAGAACCAGAGAGAGGCUGAUGAAUGUCCUUUCUCUGUGCGGCCCGGACUCCGGCGUUCCCAAAAAUCCAUCUGUAAGACUCCUCUCCUACUCUAAAGCCUCUGACAAGGUGGUGUUCUCCUCCAACGAGGACCUGGACUCGGCGGACCAGCAGACCAGUCUCAUUCCCACAGUGGAGGAGGUGGUCCGAGAGGAGGAGCUGCAGGGAGAAGACACGGGCAGCGAGCAGCAGUUCGGUGUCUUCAAGGACUUUGACUUCCUGGAUGUGGAGCUGGAGGAUGCUGAGGGCGAGAGCAUGGACAACUUCAACUGGGGGGUGCGGCGGCGCUCGCUGGAGAGCAUGGACAAAGGGGACACGCCAACUCUGCAGGAGUGCCAGUUCGCCGGCAGCACGCCGAGCCUCAACCUCACCAACCACGAGGACACGGACGAGUCGUCCGAGGAGGAGGUACUGAGCGCUAGCCAGAUUCUCACCCGCUCUGGCCUUCUCAACAGCGACUCGGCCACCGACGACACGGCGUCCAACCACGUGGACUCCUGCGGCGCGCUGCCCGACGAGGCCCCCGCCCUGCCCUCCCCCCCCUCCCUCACGCGCCUGGAUAGCCCCCUUUUGGAGAUGGCCCACUCAGACAGCACCGGCAGCCAGCUGCCUGAGGACAACGUCAGCGGGACAGCGGCGGACGAGCUGAGCAGCAGCGUGAGCGAGGACACGGGCUUUUGCAGCGCCCCCCCUCUGCCCUCUGACCCCUCGGAGCUGUGUGACCCCCCCGACUCUCAUGACCCCCAGGAGGACCUGGACCCGGCCCCCCCUCCCCCGCCGGCCACAGACACUCCACCAGGGUCCCUCUGCGAGGAGGAGUCCCAGACGGGCACCCCCCCCUCGCUGCCCUCCCCCAUGCCGCCAGAGACUAAGCCGGACCCGGACCCCCCCUGUGUGUCCGAGUGGGAGGAGGACGUGACGCAGGCCCUGAGGGAGCUGGACGAGCGCUGCGAGGAAGAGGAGGCCGACUUCUCCAGCAUGUCCAGUCAGGAUGAAGGGGACGCAGACUGCUUCCCUGAGAUCCAGGCCUCUCCCCCCCCCUCGCCCUUCCUCUCCGCCAUCCUGGCAGCGUUCCAGCCCGUCGCCUAUGACGACGAGGAGGACGCCUGGCGUUGCCACGUCAACCAGAUGCUGUCGGACACGGAUGGCUCCUCGGCCGUCUGCACCUUCCACGUCUUCUCCAGACUCUUUCAGAGCAUUCAGAGGAAGUUCGGCUCCAUCACACACGCCUCCGUGGGCUUCCUCGGCGAGCGGCUGCAGCGGAUGGGCAACCAGUUCCUCAGCUCGCUGGAGGUGAUGACGUCCCGCUCGCAGUGUCCCACCGUGCUGCUGGACGCCGAGACGCUCGUCUCUUGUGGACUCCUGGAGACUCUGAAGUUCAGUGUGCUGGAGCUGCAGGAACAUCUGGACACCUACAACGCCAAGAGGGAGGCAGCUGAAGCCUGGCUGGAGAACUGCAGGAAAACAUUUGGGGACAAAGACGGCGUCCGAGGACCCAACACUCACGCACAGCAAAUGGAAAAUCUAGCAGAGCUGGAGCUUUGCCGCCGCCUCUACAAGCUGCACUUCCAGCUGCUGCUGCUCUUCCAGGCCUACUGCAAGCUCAUCAGCAGGGUGGACACCAUGAAGAGGGAGGCGGAGGUGACCAACAUGUCCGAGGAGCUGACCAUCCUCGAGAGCUGUCUGAAGGACGCAGAGACAGGAAGUGACGGCCAGGAGGACGUGUGCAUGACCGAGUCGCCGCAGACCAACACUGAGGCGGCCAUCCAGUCCCUCAUCGAGACCCUGAGGGCCAGAGACUUUGGCUCCGCCCUCUCACAGGUCAAAGUCUUCAGGUCCCUGUGGCCCAGCGACAUCUUCGGCAGCGAGGCGGACGACGCCGUGCAGACCCUGCUGCACAUCUACUUCCGCCACCAGACGCUGGGCCAGACGGGCUGCCUCGCCGUGGUCGGGCCCAGCCGGGACCUCAGCCCGGCCAGCGCCCGCCUCACCGAGCUCAACCUGCAGAUCCGCGAGGCGCUGGGCCGGGCCCAGGCCGUCCAGCCCCUCUCGGUCAGCACCGGACUGUGACCCCCCCCCCCGCCCCCCUCCCGCCUCCUCGCUCUACACAGACCUCACCUCAGCUGUAGAGAGGGUAGACAGCGAGGGGCUCCACCUUAAAGGGCUAACGGAUGAGUGGGAAUAACUGACUCUAUUUAUACAUCUAUAUGGAUGUAGAUCUAUAGAUAUUAUAGAUCUAUAGAUAGAGUAGAUCUAUAGAUAUCUAUAUCGCGUAUGAAUGCUUCUGGCUGACGUCUUUUCCCGAACGAAGCCGACCUGCAGAAUUCAGUUUGCAAUAAAGUGGUGUGGAGGUUUUUCUGGUGACUUCUAUUUAGCUUCAGGGUUUCUUUGCCGGAUGGAACCUGGCGGCUCCUCCUCGGGGGGGGGGGGGCGGGGGGGUUGGGGGGGUUAUGGGAGCAUGUGGAACUGUGUGUGUGUGAGGACACGCCAGCGAGAAUCACACACCUUGUUUAAGACGUUUUCAAACGCAUGCUUGAAAGAGGAAAAAAAAAAAAAAAGCACUGCGAGAAUAUUUUUUUGAGAAAUGUAUUUUUUAUUAGAGCUAACAUCCUAGGUUGUAAAAUGUUAGGAUAUUUAACAUGUAGCCCUGUGGGAGACCUUUUGCCUUUCAGGGAGUGUAAAAAGAGAAAUAUAUAUAUAUAUAUCUGUUUAUUGAUCUGCUUUGAGAAGACCGGUCUCCGCUUUAACCAAAUAAGUAGCUUUCUUUAGACCGAAUGGAAUCAUAACUUAUUUUACUCUGUAUAUAUUUUAGAGAAAGUGUAAAACCAGUAUUUUUCUCCCCUUGUGAUGCACUGUUGAUCCGGCAGGAAGUGACGAGUCUUCAUCCGCCCCUCAAGCGUUUGUUCGGGAGGGGGGGGGGGUCAGAGGGCGCCCCCCCCCCUCCCGCUCUGAUCCAAACUAGUCAUAUGCAUUCCUUCUCCACUGUGAUCGGUUCGCCGAAUCCCUCGAGGGACACUUUUUGUUUGUAAUCACGUUGCCAAGCAACGCCCCUCAUCCCCUCACUUUUUUUUUUGAAGGGGGGAAAACAGUCAAAGCUGCGCUUUGCUGGGAGAUCUGGUCUCGGCACAUUAACACGUCACUGUACUCAUUCCUCCUGCUUGUCUGGUACAUUUGAUGCUGUUCUUAUUUAAUUAUUUACCUGGAAGAUGUUUUAAUGUAGAGGUGCAUUAUAACUUUUUUUUUCAUUACUCACAUACCAGCCUUCUCUCUGGAUAAAUAAACUAAUCAUACAGCUGUG